CCCCACACUGAGCCAGUAGAUCCUGCCCUCGCUGGCGGUGCUGGUGGCUCCUGCUCUUCCCUUUCCACCUGCAGAGCAGCUAUCCUUGAGGACUACCUGCUGCUGGAAGAUGCGCCUCUGCUGGAGGAGAUGGCCGAGGAGGAUGAAGAGUUCGACCUGUACAACGAGAUGACUUUUGGGUUAGACCGAGACUCCACUGAGGAGGACACCACAAAACUCCUGAUGCCUCUGGAGAUGAACCCUGAGCUGGCUGAAGCGGUGGUAGAGAAGACCGAGGCUGGGGAGGAACAAGGGCCCACAGCAAAUGAGCAGCCAGAGGAGCUGGGAGAACCCCAGGAGGAAGGUGGGAUGGAGCUGGACGUCGAGCAGGGUGGCUCCGAGUUGGAGGAGGAGGAGCUAGGGACUGAGGAACAGGAGGAAGACCAGGAGCCCUGCGAGGAGCCCAAUGACCUGGGGGACCCGGCAGUGAUGAGAGCUGUGCAGACCAAACCCACACUGGAGAGCCAAGACUCGGCAGUGCUGGACAGUAGGAUUGGUGCUUGCUGGGCAGAGUUUGGCAAAGAGGAUGUGCUGGCAAUGGAUCCCGUGGUGUGGGGCUCCUGCCCCAGCAGCAUCCCACCCCACCAUGUUCUGGAGGAUAAAGCCAUCCUCCAGGUCCUGGAGAGGCCCCCACCAUCCACCAACAUGGCCCUUGACUUCAUCGGCUCCCCAGUGCAGAGGGGCUAUGGAGGCUCUUCCCGGCUCAAGCACCCCAACUUAAGACUGAUGUCCCCCAAGUCCUUCCCCCAGCGCUUUCUCCAGCAGCAGUCGCCUCUGAUGACUCGCUCCCUGUGUUCCUCUCGGCCCUACAUGCCAGCUCGCAGACCCUCUCCACUCUUCACUUCUAACCAGGGUACAAGGUAUGUGUCUCCAACCCCUUUCCGGCCCAUGUCACCCAACAUCAGCAGCUCUCCACAGCCUCUUGCUAUGCACUUCGGUCCCAUGUCUCCCUCUUUGGAGCCCGCUCUCUUCUUCAGUCCAUCAGCCAGUGGCCAGCUGAACCUCAGUGUGCCCAGCCAUAUGACCCAGCUUCACCCCCAGCACCAGCGGAUCCUGACCAAGCGGCAGCAGCAACGCGGGCAGGCACGGAGCAUCUCCCCCAAGAAGCUGUGGUCUCCUAAAGUGGACCCUUAUGCUGGACUGAUGACCUCCAAGGAGAAGGACUGGGUCGUCAAGGUGGAGAUGAUCCAGCUGCAGAGUGAGAACAUGGAUGAUGACUACUACUACCAGAUGUACUACCACCGGCUGGAGCGCAAACAGGCAGAGGAGCUGUUCCGCGGGCGCAACAAGCAGGAGCCCCCCAAGCUGGUCACGCCGUUCAUCCAGAAAGUGGAGACAUAUGACUCUGGUGAGGGGCUGGGGUGGGCAGUGGGGGGCUGGGUGAGGGACUGGGAUGUGGUCUCACCGUAUCCCAUCUCUCUUCCAGUGGUGCGCAUUGCGGGCUCGCUGGGCCAGGUUGCAGUGUCCACCUGCUACAGCCCUCGCCGGGCCAUCGAUGCUGUGCACCAUGCCCUUGUGGAUGAGGCUGCAGGGAGCCAUCGGCUUCGGGCACUGCACAGGAUCGAGAAGCUCUUCCUGCAGCUGCUGGAAGUGGAGGACUUGCAGCGGAAGACAUCCCUGGCCCCAGAGGAGCAGCAGCCCUGCUGUCAGGAGCAGAAGAGCCAAGAAGUGGAGCGUCUCUACCAAGCCUUGAAAAUCGGGGCUUGCAGCAGUGCAGAGGAGGCAGAGGAUGAAUUCCUGCAACUCCUGUGUGUGCGGAAGGGCAAGAAGCUCACGGCCCGGCUGCUGCCCCACCUGACCCAGGAGCAAGCAGAGAAGAUCCUGCUGACCGUCACCCACCACCUGCCCUUUCUCAUGAAGAAGGACGUGUUGGAUGAGUCUCUUCCCAUGCUCUACAGCCCGUUGAACGAGGUGGUGGGUGGAAUGACUUUCAGCAAACUCAUCGAGGUCCUGCAGGAGAUGACCAGGCCUCUGCCCAAGUCCCCUGAGCUCCCCCUCACCAUGGCCUUGAAGAACCAGGUACGCGGUCCUCAGGAGGGCAGAGCCUUGUGGCACCCCCGGGGUGCCACCGGUGCCGGCUGUGACACUCCUCCUGGUGCUUCCCUGCAGUUUGGGAUCUCCUUGCUCUACUCCCUGCUGAGCCGUGGCGAGAGGCUGCUGUCCUCCGAUGUGCCACUGGAGCCACACAGAGGGGACUUCGAGACGUGGACAGACAUGGUGUUCCUGGUCGCCCGGGAGCUGUCGCAAGUGCCCAAGGCUUUACUGUCGGAGCCUCUCUUCUUGCCCAGCAACCUUCUUUCGCUCUUCUGCCGCUACCUGGACAAGCAGACCAUCCACUACCUGGAAGCCAAGAUGGAGUGCUCACUGCUGCCGUCAGAGGCUGCCAUGCCCUGCUGAGCCCCCGGGGAGCAGGGGAUGGGAGCCAGGGCCAGCAGCACUGGGAAUGGGCAGAGCCUGCUGCUGUGACUUUGGGUUUCGAAGCAAACACCCUGGUGCAGGGCACUCUGGGUGAACCGGGCACUGGCAGGGCCGGUGCCCAAGGGCUGAUGCUGACCUGCCCCAAUGCCUGGGAGCACAGCACGGAG